AUGACCCGCCGCGUGGGCGGCUUGGUUCUUCUCAUGGCAGGAGCCCUGCUGGGUGGCGCCACCUUCGCGCAGGGUGUCCUGGGCCUUCGCCGCGCGCUGCUGAUCGCGCCCGUCGUCGCGGGCGUGGCGCCACAAGCGGCGCGAGCAGCACGGGAGGGAUUCACUGAGACGCCCUCGGGCUUGCAGUACAAGGUGCUUUUGGAUGGCGAUGGGCCCAUCCCCACGACUGGACAACGCAUCAAGGCGGACUACACAGGCUGGCUGGACGACUUCGAGUCGGACAAGAAGUUCGACUCCUCACGUGACCGGAGGCAACCGCUGGAGUUCCAGGUCGGCAUCGGAAAGGUCAUCAAGGGCUGGGACGAGGCCUUGUUGAGCAUGAAGGUGGGCGAGCGACGGCAGAUCAUCGUGCCGCCGCAGCUGGGUUACGGCAGCCGCGGCAUCGGGCCCAUCCCGCCGGGUGCCACGCUCUACUUCGAUGUGGAGCUGAAAUCCAUCGCCACACGAUGA